CACCAAAUCAGUAUUUAUUAGGCUCCUACUGCGAGCGGUUCAUCUUCACGCAGGUCGGGCGAGGAGAGGUCGCGGUGCUCAGACUGCAGCGGAGACCCAGAGGUUGCAGCGGAUUGCGGGAAUUUGGCGCCUAUUUUUUUUGGUUGGGUGUUCUUGCCGGUGAUUGGGCCCCCGCGCAGCGUGCCGGGUGCUCCCGGCUGCGGCUGCUCUGUCGACCUUGGCAGGACCUGGGCGGCGCAGUACUCGGCUGACCUCCCGGGGGAUGGGCCACCAGGAGUCUCCGCUGGCCCGAGCGCCGGCGGGAGGUGCGGCUUAUAUAAAGAGGUUAUGUAAAGGGCUCAGCUGGCGCGAGCACGUGGAGAGCCACGGGAGCCUGGAAGCCUGGGCCUCCCCCCCAAGCGUCGCUACCACCUCGGGUGCAGCGGCAGGACCCGUCGCACACCAAACCCGGGCCAUCGCCUCCCGCGCGGGUAGGUCUCCGAGACAGCCCCGGCCGGGAGCGGACCAUCCCCAGGCGGGGGCUCCAGGGGGGAAACGGGCCUCCCGGAAGUGGAAGAGCGCCGGCCAGGUCACAAGCCAAGGUCCCGCUCCUCCGCGUCCCGGGGCCGUACGGAGGGAUGAGGCAGGGGGGGCCCGGGCAGCGCCGUUGCUGCUCCCCCCGCCGCCUGCAGCCAUGGAAACGGGGGAGGAGGACGGCGCCCGCAGAGGUACACAAAGCCUGGAGCGGAAAAGGCGAAGCCCAGUGCCGCGGGCGCCCAGCGCGAAGCUGAGGCCGGCGGCGGCGGCCCAGGCCAUGGAUCCGGUGGCGGCCGAGGCCGCAGGCGAGGCCUACCUGGCGCGGCGGCGGCCGGAGGGCGGCGGCGGGUCGGUGCGACCGCGCUACAGCCUGUUGGCGGAGAUCGGGCGCGGCAGCUACGGAGUGGUUUACGAGGCAGUGGCCGGGCCCAGCGGGGCCCGGGUGGCGGUCAAGAAGAUCCGCUGCGACGCCCCCGAGAACGUGGAGCUGGCGCUGGCUGAAUUCUGGGCCCUGACCAGCCUCAAGCGGCGCCAUCAGAAUGUCGUGCAGUUUGAGGAGUGCGUCCUGCAGCGCAACGGGCUAGCCCAGCGCAUGAGUCACGGCAACAAGAGCUCGCAGCUUUACCUGCGCCUGGUGGAGACCUCGCUCAAAGGAGAAAGGAUCCUGGGUUAUGCCGAGGAGCCCUGCUAUCUCUGGUUUGUCAUGGAGUUCUGUGAAGGUGGAGACCUGAAUCAGUACGUCCUGUCCCGGAGGCCAGACCCAGCCACCAACAAAAGCUUCAUGCUACAGCUUACGAGUGCCAUUGCUUUCCUGCACAAAAACCAUAUCGUGCACAGGGACCUAAAGCCAGACAACAUCCUCAUCACAGAGCGGUCUGGCACACCGAUCCUCAAGGUGGCAGACUUUGGACUAAGCAAGGUCUGUGCCGGGCUGACACCCCGAGGCAAAGAGGGCAAUCAAGACAACAAAAAUGUGAAUGUGAAUAAAUACUGGCUGUCCUCAGCCUGUGGCUCAGACUUCUACAUGGCUCCCGAAGUCUGGGAGGGACACUACACGGCCAAGGCAGACAUCUUUGCCCUGGGCAUUAUCAUCUGGGCAAUGAUAGAAAGAAUCACUUUUAUUGACUCUGAGACCAAGAAGGAGCUCCUGGGGACCUAUAUUAAACAGGGGACUGAGAUCGUCCCUGUUGGUGAGGCGCUGCUAGAAAACCCAAAGAUGGAGUUGCACAUCCCCCAGAAACGCAGGACUUCCAUGUCUGAGGGGAUCAAGCAGCUCUUGAAAGAUAUGUUAGCUGCUAACCCACAGGACCGGCCUGAUGCCUUUGAACUUGAAACCAGAAUGGACCAGGUCACAUGUGCUGCUUAAAAUUCAGGGCAAAGCAUCUUGGGUAUUUUUAAAUGAGGUCGAUCCCUCGGGACCUACAGUCUCAUCGUGUCUCAUGCAGAGGAUGGCAGAGGGUACAGGUGGUGGCUUGGCCAGUUGGCGAUUUCCCGACAGCUGGAUCUCCGGCAAUGUGAAGCUUUUGUUUGGGUUUCCCCUCUCUUUUAGUUUUGCUUAAUUUUUUUUUUCUUCUUCUUCUCUUUUUCUUUUUUAAUUUAAACCAUUGACACUUCAGAAGAGCAGGAAGCUAUGCUAUGGACAGGCACCAAUUUAAAGAAAUUCAGUGUGGACAAAGCAUAUGUAUAAGUUUCACUUUUAAAUUUUAUAAGGGGCUAGGGA